AUACGCAUUGUGCGAAAUCGUAGUACAUAGAUAAUAUAAUAAUUAUUCACAGUUUUGAAUUACAAAAUAGGCAUACAGUGAUCGCAUAGCUAGAUAUAUUUGUGCGCGAUCUUUUAUUUUGAAGUUCAGUGUUUUGUGAUUUUCAGUGCCACCGGGAAACUUCCGGGUUCUGAACUGGUUGCACCAGAGCCUGUUUAAGGAUUAGAUAUUAGACAUUCUCUGGGUUGCACCAUAUCUAUGGGUUGCACUUCCACUCUUGUCUCCCUCAUAGACUUAUAUCAGAGCCUGUUUAAGGAGAGCCUUGUCACUCCCUAUUAAACUAUAACAUCAAUAUUUCCUGUGUCUUUCAUUUAUAAAUGUUUUUAUUCAACCAGGCGGCAGCAGGCAAAUCCAAUAUUACAACAUCAGUUAGUACAGGUUUUUUUUGUAUAUUUAAAGGCCUGUGUUGUGACUAUAAACACAUUUCUCUGACAGACCAAGGUAAAGUUGUGUUCAUUGGAUUCUGGAGCUUACAAACCGAAAUGUGGAAGUUUCUUACAUCUUUAACUAAAUUAAGUCCUUAUACCCAGAAAUGAAUAAAAGUUAUCGACCGGACGAGUCAGCUACCAAACAGGAAAUGCAAUACCACCAACAUCCACCGGGGCCGUUGCCUCAAGCGGGUGGGUGUCUGGUUUGUAGUCCUUUUAAACUAGCAAAUGCGGAAGCGUUUAUACGAUACAGGUGUAAACUACAGUUCCCAAAAGCACCACAGUGCCGCUUCUAAAGUCGAGGUGUUGCUAAAACGCUCUUAUUGGAAGUAAAAGAUGAUAAGGGUUAAGCCGGAUGAGGAAGACUAUUGGAACAGUUCGAAUUUAAAGGUCAAAGCUUUCACGUUUGAGGACGAUGAUGAUGACUAUACCAAGCUAAAGGAAUCCAAGCAGGCAGUGAACAGCAUUCGUGAUCUUGUUGAUGAAGAUGACGAUGACGUGGAGAAGGUCAGCUGGAGUGGAGAACCUGUUGGAAGUAUUGCUUGGUCUGUCAAGGAGACGGCCUCCAGCACCCGGACAACAACAGGCGAACAACGGGAGAUGGGUUUCCCCAAAAUAGACACUGCUCCCUCAUUGCCCAAGAAUAACUCAGGGUAUUCCUUAAGUUCCUUAUUCAAAGCAAAGACCAAAUUUGGCAAUCAACAGUCCUUUUCUGAGUCUUUUAGUGAUACGCACAACAGACAUUAUGCCCCAGAGCUUCGGAAGCCAAAAUCAGAAUACAAGGACUACGUGGGCGAUUGGACCCCUGAGGAGACAGUGACGAGAAUGCAGCAGGGAAAGGCCUACUCUUUGGAGAAGUUCCGCUCUUUACAAGACAAACUGCUACUCUUGGACAAGGCUGUGAACGCACAUGAUGGAAACGUCAUCACAGCGAUUUUGAUAUAUCUAAAGAAAUCAUUAGGCAAAGAAAUUCUAUUUCGAGAGUUGAUUAGUAGGGAAAUAGCUCUUCGGCAUUAUAUCCACUACCUUAAGGAAAUGGGAGAACAAAAGAUUUUGUUGGAGCUGUUCAGGUCCUUGGGAAGAACAGAAGACAUGUCGCUGUUGCAGUACAGAGAAUACCUCAAUAUCAAAGAGGAAAACAAACGGAGGGAUCACCUGAAGAGCUGCCUCAGUCUCCCCUUUUCACCAGACGAUGCUAUGCACAUUCAAGACCACUACACACUCCUAGAGCGACAGAUUAUCAUUGAGGCUAAUGACAAAAAGGUGGAGAGCAGUGGCCAGUCAGACAUCUUUAAAAAGUACCCCAGGAAAGCCUCCAUUCUCAACAUGCCCAUCAUCACCACUCUGUACUACUCCUGCUUCUACCACUUCGGAGAGUCUGACGGCACGUACAGCAGCCCAGCCAACAUUCGGAAGACUUUCAGGAUUUCAGAGAAACAGUAUCUACUCACAGCCCUAGGUGCCAGGGCAAAGCUAAAACAGUGGUUUGAUGUUGAUGCACUGUUCACCUCUAAGAACUGGCUAGGCUACACCAAGAAAAAGUCUCCUGUAGGAUUCCACAGAGUGGUGGACAUCUUGCAGAAAAACAACGCACCUGUCUCGGUGUUGCAAGAUUAUGUGAAUUUGGUGGAUGACACUGACAUGAAGAUCAGUCUGGCGCAAAAGUACAAGUGCCAUGAUACCAUCAUCAAUACCUACCGGGAUCUGAAGGACCGGCAGCAGUUGAUUGUUUACCGGGGGAAGAUGGAGAGGGGAUCUCCAGAGGACAGGAAGAUUGAGGAAAUCCUAAAUAACCCGCAAAUGCGGUGGAAAAACUGAUCUCAUCCCAUGGAAGAUAUUAACAACAUGCAGCAUUUAAGAAUGAUUGUCUACAUUAGUAAUGGACAUUUUUACCUGACAUUAUAAGUCGGGUAAAUGGUGAAGGUAACAGGAUGGCAGAGAAGAAACCAUGGAGCCAAACCCUUCCCAUUGUUUUUUGCAGUAGUGUUGUCUCACAUAAAGCUUGCCCUAUAGGUCAAGACUCAUUGUCUGGUUUUUCCCUCUAUAACUUCUAGGGUGUGCUUGAUUUACCUUACCUUGUCAGUUUAGUUAGUUAGUUGUGCACUUCAGUUGAUAAUUGAUCAUAUACUGAAAGCUGAAUUAAGAGCACCCAAAGGAAUGGAAUGUUUAACCCAGCUCUAAUAUCAGCCUUGCCAAGUGUCCUUCGCUCAUCCUGGGCACUGUGCUCCUGACCCAAGCUAAUGCAAAAAGGUGCAUCACAAGAAGAUAUCGUCUGGAAUUAAGUGUUACACUGUUGUCAUGCACGUGACGUCCUAGUACAUUUCUUGUCAUUUUAGUUUUACCAAACACAGAAAUUAAAUAAUUGAACAUUGAUCAUGCAAAAAUACCCUCAUGGCAAGUUGCAAGCUUUUGUCAGUUUUGUUGAUUAGAUUAUUUUUUUGUUUUGACUUGAUGAGAUUCUUUAUUGUAUUGUCAGAAGUUGUAACAGUGUAGCCUACCAAUAUUUUUGGGUUACUGUUGUGGCAGCUUAAAAUGGCUUGCAGCCAUGUUCAGGGUUGGGGAGUAACGUUUAAAAAGUAACCUACUCAACCCUGGCCAUGUUUGCCUUAACACAUCUACAGCACAGUGUGUAUGUAUGUAAAUCCAAGAGACCGCACAGACGGUUGAGGAAGUGCUGUCGCAGCGUUUUCUUUUUUCAGUUGUUCGUUUGGGGCACUUUAUUUUGCAAUAUAAUUUUGCUUUUUGUCAGAGAGAUUUUUGUUGGCUCUCUCACAGAGAAAACGAACGGAGGACAUUCCUGGAGAUCAAAGACUGAGUAACGUGCUUAUUUUGUUUGUU